AUGGCCGUUCAGCAAGUGUUCGUCAUCUCUCGUGCCGGAUCACUGAUCUACGAGUGGUCACAGGGAUUCGAGCAAACGAAUGGUGGAGCUGAAGUCGAGCGAUCAUUCGAAUGGCCACUGUCGAUUCAAAUGGAAUCACUCGACGGGAAAGCGGUCGUUGUGUGGAGUGGUGGACGAGAGGGGAUACCUAAUCGAUAUUCAGUGAUCACGGUGAAUGGCUGCCCCGUCUCCGGAACCCACUUUCAUCACAUGGAGCAACGACACAACGUGUUCGAGUACCUGUCGAGACCCGAGAAUUUCCCGCUUCGCCUCGCUUUCUCACCGCCAUCCAUCUCAACGAACGAGAAAAUCAUUCUAUCGUCGACGUUUCACUCGCUUUUCACGAUCGCCGUCCAGCUGAGCCCGGUCGCGAAUAGUUCAGGCAUCGAAGUGCUGGAAACAUCACAAUUCCGGCUGCACUGUCUACAAUCCAGAACCGGCGUGAAAUUUGUUGUCGUCACGUCGAUCGCCGGGAACUCGCAAAUCAGCCAAUUUCUCAACAAGUUAUACGAGCUGUACGCGGAUUUUGCGCUCAAGAAUCCGUUCUACUCGAUCGACAUGCCGAUUCGGUGUCAGAAAUUCGACGAUGGGCUGAAAGCGCUUUUGGAUCGGACAGGAAAGCCGUCUGCCGUCACUGUA